AUGUCCUUCCAAACACAACCGGCAUACGUGCAUUACGGUACCUGGGACUAUAAGACGCGUCAACAUGAAUGCAUGAAUUGGAUGGAAAGGUACACCAACGCCGUCGACUCCAAAGCCUGGGACACCGAACCCUUCUCCAAUUGGUCCACUUCGGAUCACACACUCCUACAAUCCACUGGCGAGACUGUUCCUGGCGGCGACUCCUCCUGGUCCUCGCUGCGCACUGAAGUCUACGCUCCGUUCGCCCAGCACCAUCACGACCCGCAGUUUUUCAUGCUUGGUGUCGCUACACUCCACUGGAAUCUUGUUGCCCCUGGAGAGGAGGCGAAAGUCAAGGGCAGAGAUGGCAAAGAGUGGGAUGGAUCAGGUCCUGCUGCGUUCAAUUUUCGAUAUGUGAAGCAAAGUGAUGGUGGGAUUUGGAUAAGCAGGAGUGCGAUUUUCGCAGAUCCCACUGUGGCGGUUGUGGCGAUGCUGAAAAGAGGUAUGAUGAAGCCUGAGGAUUUCCUAAAGUAG